UGGAGCUCUCUGCACGCAGCUCAUUGCUGGAGCAGCGGCAGCUUUCAUGUUUCCCCUGUCUCUCUGGACACUGGAGACUUUUAAAGGUUCCCACCAAAGCUUCAGCCAGCGAAUCGGGACGACUACACUCCCAGGGAAAACACUGUGGACUGGUUUUGAGGUACUUAUACUAUAAUGACCGCAAGGACCAAAAGACCUGCAGGCAAGGAGGAACACAUAAUGAACAAACCGACAGAGGUGGUGCUGAGGGUCCGGAGAGCCCUGUGGCUGGUACUGAGCAUGCUCAGUCUGUCUCUGCUGCUGGUGGUGCUGGGAGCCUACACAACGACGCGCACAGAGAGCCUGAAUGUGACUGGCUACAUCUCAGGAGUUUUUCUGACUCUUGGUUAUUUCCUGGGAUUUUUAGGACUCCUCCUAGAAGAGAACGGCAAGCAAUUGCUGACGGCUGCCAUUGUAUUCCUCAGCUUCGGGAUCAUCACCUCUUUUCUGUGCCUGAUGAUUGAUGGAGUCGGUAUCCUCUUAAACAUGGACGUGCGUCCCCUGAAAGCAGGGAGGUGUCAGUAUUACAGCAGCGGCAGCAGCAGCUACAUCUAUGAGAACUUCUACACCACGGUGCCAUGUCGGAAUCUGAGGGAGUCCUGUACCAUGACGGUACGAAGCGGGACCUGUUACUGCUGUGACCUUUACAACUGCGCCAAUGGAGACUAUAUGAACAACUACUUUGAGUUUGUUGGAGUGCAAAGCUGUGAGGAAGUUUUCACCCUGUACAUUUUAAUCUGGACCCUCACCGGCGUGAACCUGGUGGCCUUUUUCACAGGGAUACUGACCGCUGCCGUGCUGGGAAACAUCAAGUACUUGAGGAGCACCAACCUGGCGACUGCUGCCAUUAACAGCACAGCAUCUUCCCCUACAGCUCCUCUGCUGACGGACGGCAACACGCACACUCAGCAGCUUCUUCCUAGGAUGUCAGAGUUUUUCCCACCUGGAGAACAGACUGCUUCUACCCAGAGUUUUGUUCCAACAGUGCUCUCAGAGUCCAACCCGCCUCCCUUCAACCCGCUGACCACCCUGCUGUCUCAAAGAGUCCACGGCCCCUCUGCAUGAGCCGUAGCAUCACACCGAAAACACAUCCAGAGGAUGGAGGAAAAGAGGCAUCUGCAGAUUUUAUUCAAGAACUGAGCUUUAUGAAAUCUAGUACAUGGAGUUGUAAUGAUGUACAGGUUCAUAAAUAUUAACUAUUGGAGGUGAUAAUGGGUGAUAAUGUGUAUAUUUCAUACUAGAUGCAAUUAAAGAAAAUGCCGUCUUAGCAAAAGUACAGAAAUUAUUUUUAAUAUAACAAGAUUUUUCUUGGUAUUUUGACAUUCUGUUGUUGACACACUCUGCCUUGAAAAAGUACUUGUGUCACUUGACCUUUGUCACAUUUUGUCAUGCUAUAACCUCAAACAACAGAAAAAUAGGGCUUCUGAAAAGUGUGGUGUACAUUUGUAUUCAGACUUCCUGAAUUAAUACUUUGUAAAGCAAUGUUUUGCCACAAUUAAAGUUGUAAAGGGUUUGGGUGUGUCUCUGCCAGCUUUACACAACCAUUUUCAAAACUGUUGAGUCAAAAAAAACAUUUUGUAAAUUAAGUAAAUUCAAUAAGCACUUUUUUAUAGCUGCCCUUUGAUAUAUGCUACAGAUCCUCCACAGUAACCAUGGAUCUGAUGGCUACUUCUCUGAUUUACUCUCUUCUUGCAUGUAAGCUUUAGACAGAUAUCCAUGCAUUCUUAAGUUUGCAGUUUUGUCAUAUUGUUUCAAUAUUCAGAUAUUGUCUUGGAUUGUGCUCAACGAUGUUCAAAGUUUGGGAAAUUGCUCUGCAACCUGACCCUGCUUUAAACGUUUUUUGAUGUUUUCCUUGGAGACAAAAUGUAGAAAGUGUCAGAAUCUGAGUCGAGCCUUAGUCCAAAUGCAGCAUCAACUGAAGUCAAAAAAUAACCAGGGUCUCCUCCAAUUUCUAGAAGAAAUUGAAAGAUGAUCAUGUUUUAACAGUUAUGUUUUAUGAAUGAAUAUAACAUAAGCCUGACUCCUGGUGUUUAACACAUGUAUGAGCUGUAACUAUGGUCUCUGCAAAGUAGAAAAGUAAAAGAUCUG